AUGCAGCAACGCAUGCGCUUUGAUGAUGUUGCUUGGGCGCAAAGUGAAACUAUCUCAGAUGCCUGGGUGGAAGAGCUUUUCGAAGAAGAUACUCUGAGAGUGAUUGGCAAUUUUAUUAUCGAGCAUCGAAAGGGAGUCCCACUUGAAUUAUGUCAACCUCUAGCAGGGGCAUUCAAUGUAUCCUUUCGGAUGAAAUUUGAGGAUGGUGGCUCAGCACUGAUUCGAUUCCCCAAACCUGGAGCCACCAUGUUCCCUGAGGAAAAGGUCGUUGGUGUCAUUGACUGGGAGUUCACAUACGCAGCACCGGUUGAGUUUUCUCACGCACCUCCAUGGUGGUUGCUUCUUGAACAGCCCGAGUACUGGCCAGAUGGGAUAGAGGCUUGGACAAAGGCAUUUGAAACUCGUCUAGACACAUUCCUUGAAGUUCUUACCGAACGUGAGGAAACAGCUCUGCAACAGGGCAGGUUAAGAGGGGAACAGAGACUCUCUGGUCCCAUGAAACAGAGCUGGGUAAAUGGCGACUUUUGGGUCACAAACGCAGCGAGGAAAAAUUUCGCAUUCGAUACGACCUUCUGA